AUGGCGGAUGUUCAAGUCCACACAUCAGUCGAAUUAUCCGAAAUAGAGUCUCUCGCUACCACUGCUGCAUCCAAUGGAAGACCGCCGAGUCGACAUCAACCAGCAAAAUCUGCCGUCGACCGAGUCAGUCACUCGCUUGGGAAGCUAAGUCGAAAGAAGAAUCUCAAGGUAUUGGACCUUCUGGUCGUGCUGGUAACUUGGAUAUGCCUUGCCAUCGCAGUCAUCGCCAUCACGCCUCGUUUGGAUGUUGCUUGGACGCUUCGACUCCAGCAUCAACUUCAAGUUAUAGGCCUCAUGCUCAGCAUCAUGAGUCAGUGCCUUCAAAUUCUCGCUCCAAAUUUAUGGAUCAUGGUAGAGGCUUGGUGUAGCAAGCCCAAAUUACAGAAUUUUGAUGCUAUUUUUCGGAAUUCGAUCAUGGUAUCGAAUGCUCACUUGAUUUGGCGAGCUCUAUUGCUGGCAUUCAUCGUUUUGCCAAUAGGCCUCAGUCUGGCGUAUAAGGUCUUCGUGGGAGGACAGAGUACGCAUGAUUUCGGCAACCAUACAAGUUGGUACGGUAUGACAGGAGCCCCUGGGCUGACAAGAAACACUGUAUUAAGAUUUGGUCCUUCGUACAUGACCAACGCAACACUACCUUUCAUUGCGGCUUCGGCAGACUUCGAGACUCUGCCAUCGUUUCCGCAGCCGUACGGAUUCAACAAUCUCGUCAUCUCUAACACAUCCUCCGCGUUUCUGGACGCCCCACUACCAAGUCAGGUUCCGCUACUUCAGCAGAGCUUGCACGAGGACACUACCAGUACCUUCACGCUCACCGCAGAUGUGCACGCAACGGUCACAACAUACAACCACUCCAUCGAAACUAGUCGAGAUGAUGACGCUUUCUGGGACUUCUACCUCAACCAGAUGGGCUUGAAUAGCGCACCAGAUUCUUUCUCACUCGGUAUAUCCUGGAUCGACCUAAGCAGCGGCAAGACUCUGGGCAUACUCACCGGCAACCAGACAAAAGACGCGUCGUGGAUCAUUUUAUCAUUCUUUCAACAAAGCGAUCAUUUGAAUUCUUCAGAUAUCUGGAUCCCUGCAUUCCGAGCCAACGCAUUCCUAUUUAACACUCGUCGCGAAAUCUGCAACGCCACAUGGCAUAUCACGUACAACUCUAUGCAGCUCACCGAAGGCAAUUGCUCCGUAUCAUCGCCGCUACCAAACCAAAAAUCUCUCUUCACUACCAACCUCGCUUUCAGCACUUACUACAUGCCCAGUCUGGCCGAAUACCUAGCACCGCUCUCGACGCCAAGCAGUGCCGCCGCGACCGAGCAGAACGUAUACGAAUGGGGCAACCAAUGGUUGAUGUCAACAUUCACGACUACCGUUGCAGGGAUGUAUUGGUCGCGGUUGACCGCCCUUCUUGGACCCGACAGCUACGUUAACGGCACGAUUCCGGCGUACAAUGACGAAGUCAACUACACAAUCCCCGACACGCUGCCGUCGAACAGACAAACAAUGAAUCCUUCCUGGGCCCUUUACGUCGUGCUUGGCGUCCAGCCUGUCCUCAUCAGUCUCAUAUUCAUCGCUAGCUUCGUCCUGAGCUACUUCUCCGCCGUCGACGGCGCCAACUUCGGUAUCAUCGCCAUCCUUGCCGGAGCGCGAACGGAGACUUUGAAGCUCUUCGAUGGGGCAUCGUUCUCGGGUACGCUCAAGAAGCCCGUGGGCAUACGGAUCGACACCAUCACGACGAGACACGAGAACGAACCACAGAUAGAGUACGCUUUCUACGACGAUGGCAUCCCCCCGGAGCCGUCCGCCACAGCAACCUGGCGACACCACUUUAUGCCGUCCCGCUUCGACACGAGGAAGAACACCGGGUACCACAAAGUUGAUGUGUAG